CUUACUCCGUACUUACAUCUCCACCCACAGUUUAGACUCACCACCAGACUCACCAAACAGCGGCCCUCACCAACGUCCUCUUUUCCACCUCUACAAAACCUGGGCUCACCAUCAUCCUCACUCUCAACCUCAAUCCUCACUCAACCCUCUCAUACUCAUUCCCAUCACCUCGAACACUUUUCUCCCAACUUACACGCUCACCGAUCCUCGUCCGUCUCUGAACUUGCCGGUUGUUCACUGCCCAAAUCACAUGGCCUGCAACAUCCACACACCCCUCUACACUCCGCUAUUCUUCUCAAACCAAAACAACCUGUUGUCCAUUGAACUUAGACUUUAGUUUGUCCCACCGUCAUAAUUUGAAUAUCGACUUUGACCUACCUCCGCCCCGUCGACUCUGUCCUACCUCGACAAGCAGCCCCCUUGGACCUUUAUCACACCUCUCUCCCGCCGCCGCGCCCCCAGCACUUCCUCUCAUAACCUCGACUCCCCCACCCUCUUCACUUCCUCAUCCUCUCACUUGUCUUCCCACGACUCAACACAUCUACACACGCGGAUGCUCUAGGCUCACUGGGCCGUCACCUAGGGCCACUGCUCCUCCAUCCCUGCCGUCGUCGCCAUCAUGAACCCUCAGCAGUUCCAGAACAUGGCAGGCAUGGGUCGAGGCAUGCCCAAUACCAUGCAACAGAUGGCUAUGAAUGCCCAGAUGGGUGGUCAAAUGCCCAACCAGAUGGCCCCUCAGAUGGGCUCAAACAUGUCGGUUAACUUGGGAAACAUGGGAGGCAUGGGCAACAUGGCAAAUAUGACCAAUAUGGGUUUGCAAGCCCAGAUGCCCAACCAGAUGCCUACUCAGAUGACGAACAACAUGGGUCAGCCGAGAGGCCUGCCCCAGCAAAUGGCCGGUCAAAUGUCUCUCAGUCAUCCAUCUGUCCAGCAACACAUCUUUGAUAUGCUCAAUUCACAAGGCCCCUUCACCGGCUGGCAGGCCGGGGUCAGUGUGCGCGAGAGGGCCGCUCAAAUCAAACUCCUCGUCGACUCUCUUCGUCUCGUACGCCCUCCUGUCGAAUUGCCCCGCGCCAUCGAAGUUGCCCUUCAGUUUGAACGCAAGUGUUUCACCCAGUCCACCUCUAGAGAAGACUACACCAGGGACUGUAGUGAAAAGCUCGGUCAAAUCAGGGAUCAGAGGAUGCAGCAAAUGACUCAAUCCAACCCCGCUGCAAUGCAAUCCAUGGGCAUGCCAACCAUGCAGAUGUCGACAAAUUUCAAUCCUCAGAUACAAAACAUGACCCAGAUGAACCCUAACAUGGCCCUCGCUCCUCAUAUUCAACAACAAAUGCAGUCUUCCCCUCUGUUUGGCCAACAACAACAGCAGCCGCAACAGCAGCAGCAGCAGCAACAGGGAAAUUCACAGCAGACACCCCAGCAGCAGCAACAGCAGCAGCAACAACAACAACAACAACAACAACAAAGACCUGCUCAACAAAUGAUGGCUCAAAAUCCCAAUCCCUCUGGCCAGAACAACAUGAUGGCGGUCAACAAUAUGCAACAGAAGAACGUGCAUCUGUCUGAACUAACUAAUGACGACAACAAGGCCAUCAAUCUCAGGGCUGCCGAGCUCGCAAAAUUGACUCCCAAGGAGGAAAUGCGGAACAUUGUCGAGAAAAUGAAUCCCCAGCUGCGUCAGAAUCUCGCCCAGAAAGCCGUCGACCCCAUCAUCUACUACUUUCGCAUGCUUGCCACCAAGGAGUUUCGGAGACGCAAACACCUCGAAGGUGGCGGAGGCAGCCCUGGUACCAAUCCCUCCGCCAACACCAACAAUAUGCUCGGCCCACUUGCAGGCCAACAGGGCCAAGGUAACAAUUCCAUGGGCGACAUGGGCCGAUUUCAAGGCUUGCAAGGCGAGGGUCUGCGCGCUCAGGAGGGUGGUGAACUGGUGGUGCCCGCGAGCAAUGGCCAGGGAGUUGGUGCGGAACAGCUGCGUCUACAGCAACAAAUGAUGAACCAGAGAAUGGGUCAACAAAAUCAGAAUGCACACAACCCUGCCUUUAUUGCCCAGCAGCAGCGCUUACAACACGCCCAGGCUACAAAGAUACAACAGGCCCAGAUGCAGGCUCAAAACCAGCAGGCACAAGCUCUUCAAGCCCGGGCUCAAUCAAUGGCCGGCAAUCAACAACAACCUCAGACCCAACGACCGUCCCAAUCUACCACUCCUCUUUCCGCCCUCAACCGACCAGUUGGUCCUAAUAUUGCCGGCACGAGUCCUCAGCCGGGUUCGCAACAAGUCUCACGACCACCCUCGGGCACGCCCAUGAUGAACCAGCAGAUGCAGGUCCCGGGCCCAAUGCAACAAUCACAGCAACCCCAAAUGGCCAUGCAGGACCCUCAGAAGCGCGAACAAGCCUUGGCCAACUUUCCCGCCCCCUUGCAAGCCAUGCUUCGUCAAAAGCCCCAAAGUGAAUGGCGAAACAUCCUCAUGCACUUCCAACGACAAGGCAACGCCAUGCAACGGAGCGCAUCGCAACAGCCACAGCCGAUGCAACUCCAACAAUCUCAGCCCAAUGCAUCCAUGCAAAAUGGUACUUUUCUUGGCCAUGGUAACAUUGGACCAGCAAACAUGCAACAGUCGCUGUCCGCAGGGGCUAUGUCGGGGCAGGACCAAUCUGGGAUGCCCGGAAAUACAGGACAGCUGCAAUCAAAUCAAGAAAUGCUGCGCCAACGUCAAAUGCAGUUUCAGCAGCAGCAGCAACAACAACAACAGCAGCAGCAGCAGCAACCACAAGGUCAAAAUAUUCCACCACAAUCUCAACAGCCGAGGCCCGUCCAGCUUAAUCAACAACAAAUGAAGAUUAUGGAUCUUCAACCUGUUCCCGCUCCCGUUCUAAACAGUGUUCGCCAGCAUACACGAGUACCUGAUGUGAAAAACUGGUCCCAACUCAAGCAAUGGCUUGUUCAAAACCCUUUACCGAAUCUGCCAAUGCCUUCAGUGAUGAAUAUUCAAGCUACGCACUUUGCACAUCUGAUGAAGACAAGGAGCCAGGCAACCCCGGGACAAAUACCUGGCCAGCAGCAGCAGCAGCAACAGCCGCAACAAAUGCCGCAACCCCCAGCUCAGCAGCAAAGCUUCUCGCAGCCUAUGCAAAAUAUCAUUCCCCAACAGGCUCCCGGAAUGAUGGCCGCCCAGGCUCCUCGAGUACCCACGCCCCAAGACAUCCAGAGGAUACGAGCUUCCAAUCCCAGAUUAGCCAAUGCCUCAGAUGAUCAGAUCCGGAUGUUACUUCAUCAGCGUCAGAAGCAACAGCAGCUACAGCAACAAGCAGCCCUCCAGCAGCAAGCUGCAGCUCAGGGAGGUCAGCUGAUGCCAGGCAUGGCACCCCAAAUGAUGGCACAAAUGCCACCGCAACCAAAUCUUGGUCAACAAAACACGCCGGGACGGCAAAACUCAAUCCAAGGGCCCCGCACAGGUCAACCCCAAGCCCAGGUUGACAGCAAAGUCAAACGUCCGAACGAAGAUGAGAUGGUCGAUCUCACGGUCAACAAGGUGGCCCAGCAGUCAAACGAUGCCGGUCGACCACCACAGUCACUUUCCAAGGAGCAAUUUGCUGCGUUGGACCCGCAAAAAAAGCAAGCCUACGUGAAUUGGCAGCGCCAGCAAGUCGCCGCCCGCAGGAUCGCCGAGCUUACCAAGGAGGUUCAGAGCAGCCUACCUAAGCAUCGACCACAUACCAACAUGGACGCUGCCAGUAGGCAACGCAUCAGGAACAUUUUGACAUCCGACAACGUCAAAAAUAUGCUCGGCCGAUUCGAUGCUUUCCUGGUCGCUUUUUAUCGCAUGGAGCAGAACGAAGCUGCCAUAAAACAAUUGAUCAUGCAAAAAAUCCAGCUUUUUUCGCAAUUUAAACCUCAGGCGCUCCAGAAUAAGAGCUUUGAACUUGUGGACCACUUCAGCAUUACGGCAGAUAACGCAGAAGCGAUCAUCAACAACGUCACACUCAAGUUUCAACAAACAGCGGCGCAAAUCCCUCAACAGAACAAGUCCCAACAGCAACGCCCUGCCGCGGCUCAAUUGACACCCAAAAAUCUGAGCCUGUUGGAAGCGCAGGAACAAGAGCGCAAAAAGUCACUGAGCAAGGCCAAUCAAGCGCCGCCUGCGCCGACUACCUCACAGCCACCCUUCGAACUGGGUGGAAAACCAGGCCAGGGCACGCCAAAAUACGCCAAUGCUGGUCUGCGGCAGGAGGACCUCAAAUUGCCUGCAGAUCCCAAGCGGCGUAAGAAGAAUAAUCAGCAGGCGCCAGCUACGCCGGCCGCUCCUGCUGCAGCUAUCACACCGACAGCCACGACUUCUCCGAUCGUCAAAUCCAAAGCCCCCGAACACUUCAAGUGUCCUGUGGUCGGCUGUGAUCAUCAACUCAAAGGCUUUACUACCCAAGCCGAACUUGACCAGCAUCACAAUAUGGCACACAAGAUUGAUAUGGAACCUGUCACAGACCCUCUGGCUUUUCUUGAUGAGUCUCUUCGCUUCGCCUUUAACCUCGAUGAGAACGGGAAACAGAAGAGAAAGCAUUUGGACAAUGAAACGCCAGCGGCCGUCAAAGCCGGGAGCACAACAGCAACUCCAGUCACCAUGUCAAGAAUUCCUAGCCAGGCGAGAGGUCGACCCGAAAGUAAGCAUGACGACAUUGAUGACCCAUGGAAACACACCAAUACCAGCCUAGAGCAGCUGCGCGUUGCUUUUGGAAACAGUGAGGACUGGGACGACCUCUUUCCAUCGCAUCAGAAACAACAAGACCUGCAUAGUCGCAUGUUGGAGCAGUAUCGGAACACCAGCCCCAGGUGGCGAAAGAUCACGGAAGGUGCCAAUGGCGCUCUCACCGACACUAGCACGGAGAAGUCCAAGAGCCCGACUACGAGUGAAAAGGAUCUCCCUCCAAAAGCUGGUGUCGAUGUAAAGCCUCAGGAGGUCAAAAAGCCAGACGAUGAAUCUUGGCAGAUAAACCUGAGGGAGAUUGACGAGGACAUUGAAGGACUGGAUCUCGGCGGCUGGGACCGGUUGUCUCCGUUCGACGAGGUGAAGAGCAUUUAUGAAGGAGAUCUUGUUAUGGGAGAUGCUGAUUCGGGCGGGUUUGAGAUGGUGGAAAAACCUGCAGUCUCAACAGCGUCGACGGCGGAAUUGCAGGCCAAAGCCAUGGGCUUGGAUCUGGAAGCACCGGAGCAAUGGGACGAUGAACAACGAGAGGUUGCUCGAUUUCUGUUUCAAGGAACGGAUGAUUGGGACAAAUAUCAAGUCGGGCUUUCGAGCAAGCGGCUGGGUUGAAUUGAAUAUCCAGCUUUUGAGCAGGGAAACGGGUUUCUGGCGUUGGUGAUGGUGACACUUUGGGGGAUCGAUCAGGUUUGGCCGAUUUGGCAGCAAGGAUGGAAUGAUACCCCCAAAACGACGACGGUAAUGAAUGAUGGACGGCGUUGAAAAUAAAUUGUACAGCGGGCGGUGUUGGGUAUCCCUGGUGUUACUUGGGCCAUUCCUGCUUGUCUAUACAAAUGGACAGCAUCCGCUGUUUAUUUUGUAGUUGAAUGGAAUGCUCAUUAGUGUGGUUACUACUUUCAUGGACCAAUAUAGCCGUGCGUUUUGACACUAUGGAGCAGACAGCGGGUGUCGAGAUACAACGUGAGAUGAUAUAAGCUACCUAUAGUCCUUCAUAAUUGCAAUUGAUACAAUCAAUC